AUGAUCAAUGGGAUGACUGUUAGCCGUUGGGCAUGUAUCAACUUUUCACGCAGUGUCCAAGAGAGUGUCGCUCGUGGGUUUUGCAGUGAACUGGUUCAGAUGUGUCAAGUAUCUGGCAUGGAAUUCAAUCCGGAACCUGUCAUUCCAAUCUACCCAGCAAGGCCUGAGCAAGUAGAGAAAGCUUUGAAGCAGGUUUAUCAUGCAUGUAUGAACAAACUAAAAGGAAAAGAAUUGGAUCUUGUGUUAGCCAUUUUGCCUGACAAUAACGGGUCCUUGUAUGGCUUGAUAUCACAAUGCCGUCUUACAAAAUACGUCUUCAAGAUUAGCAAGCAAUAUUUGUCUAAUGUGUCCUUGAAGAUAAAUGUCAAGAUGGGUGGCAGAAACACUGUUCUCUUGGAUGCCAUAAGCUAUAGAAUACCAUUGGUUAGUGAUAUACCCACUAUCAUAUUCGGGGCAGAUGUGACUCACCCGGAGAAUGGAGAGGACUCCAGCCCAUCAGUAGCUGUUGUUGUAGCUUCUCAAGAUUGGCCAGAGGUCACUAAAUAUGCAGGACUGGUUUGUGCUCAAGCUCAUAGACAAGAACUCACACAAGAUUUAUACAAGGCAUGGCAUGACCCUAUCCGUGGAGCAGUUAGUGGUGGCAUGAUCCGGGAUCUUUUGGUUUCUUUCAGAAAGGCAACUGGGCAAAAGCCACAGAGGAUAAUAUUUUACUGGUGA